UGUGUUUCCAGUCGGACAGAAGUCCUCGGCGCUCCUCCAUGUGUGAGCUGGGCUCGCGCUCCGCUCUCGGUUCUUCUCGGUUCUGUUUGUUUGUUUAUUGUUUAUUAGUGGGACUGAGAACAUGCCGCGCACCGGAAGCGCCCUGUUCUCCGGGUUCCGGGUUCUAGGUCUCUACUCCAACCACGUGCCGCACGCGCUCCGGUACCACCAGAAACACCGGGAAUUCUACGUGGUGACGUCAGUGGGCAAAAGCUUCCACACGUUUAACGUGAGCCACCUGGGGAUCGUUUCUGUCAGUAACAGCCUGCCCGAUGACAUCACGUGCCUGGCGGCAGAUCGGAUGCUGGUGUUCGCCGCCAGCGGAACGACUGUCUGUGCCUUCGCCAGGAAUAAAGAGGUGGUGAUGCGUUACCAUGGACACAAACAGGAAGUGCGGCUGCUGCUGCCGCUGGGCGACCAUCUGGUCUCCGCCGACAGCGGUGGUGAUGUCAUAGUGUGGGACGUUCAGGGAGGAGACAUCUACCUGCGGCUGAACUUUGACCCCGGGACCUUCGACGUGUCGGCCAUGAUGCACCCGAGCACGUACCUGAACAAGGUGCUGCUGGGCAGCCGCCAGGGGGCGCUGCAGCUGUGGAACAUCAGGACCAGUAAGCUGCUGUUCACGUUUCCCGGCUGGUCGGCGGCGGUCACCGUCCUGCAGCAGAGUCCAGCAGUGGACGUGGUGGGUGUCGGCACGGCAACCGGACGCAUCAUCAUCCACAACAUCCGCCUGGAUGAGACGCUGAUGAGCUUCACGCAGGACUGGGGACCAAUCAGCACGCUGGCUUUCAGGACAGACGGGCCUCCCAUCAUGGCGUCCGGCAGUCCACAGGGACACAUUGCAUUGUGGGACUUGGCGCGUCAGCAGCUGGUCGCCCAGCAGAGACACGCCCACCGAACCGCUGUUGCCGCAGCAACUUUCCUUCAUGGAGAGCCGCUGCUGGUCACCAAUGGAGCCGACAACGCUAUAAAGGUCUGGAUAUUUGACCAGGAGGGGGGCGGGGCCAGACUGCUCAGGUGCCGGCAGGGCCACAGCGCCCCGCCCACCACCAUCCGUCACCAUGGCAACAAUGGGAAGAACAUCUUGAGCGCAGGUCAGGACGGCUCCCUGCAGUCCUUCUCCACCGUCCAUGAGCGUUUCAACAAGAACAUGGGUCACGGAUCCAUCAGCAAGAAGAAAGAGAAGAAGAAGAAAAAAGGGUUGGCCUACGAAGAGCUGCGACUUCCUGCUAUCACAGCGCUAGCCACAGCUGUCGCUCGCCAGUCGGACUGGGACGGCGUCGUGGCACUCCACCGCGGCCGCCUCGCCGCCUCCACCUGGAACUACUACAGGUGCACCAUGGGAGCUCACCACCUGAAGCCUCCUGGUGUUAGGAAGAAUGCUGUUGCCACGGCUGUUGACAUCACUUCCUGUGGGAACUUCGCUGUGAUUGGCUCGUCCUGUGGACGUGUGGACGUCUACAACCUGCAGUCCGGUCUCCACCGUGGUUGCUAUGGUGACGGGGAGAAAGCGCACAGCGGCGUGGUGCGAGGCGUCGCCACGGAUACGCUGAACCAGCUGACUGUCAGCUGCGGCUCUGAUUGGCUGCUGAAGUUCUGGCGCUUUAAGACGAGAAAACAGGAAGUGGUUCUGAAGCUGAGCGCCGCGCCGGCGAGCCUGAGGCUUCACAGAGACAGUGGGAUGGUCGCCAUAGCGAUGGACGACUUCACGCUGGCGGUGGUGGACAUCGAAACCAGACGCAUCGUCAGGAAGUUUGCUGGUCACCAUGGCAACAUCACUGACAUGACCUUCAGCCCAGAUGGCCGCUGGCUGGUUACCACGGCGAUGGACUGCACCAUCAGGACCUGGGACCUCCCCUCUGGCAGUCUGGUCGACUGCUUCCUGGUUGCCAUGGCGCCGGUUGGCGUUUCCAUGUCGCCAACCGGAGACUUCCUGGCGACAGCACAUGUGGACAGUCUGGGCGUUUACCUCUGGACCAAUAGGAGCCUGUGUGGGCCGGUGGGGCUCCGCCCCCUCCCAGCUGACUACCAACCAGAGGAGGAGACGCUGCCCACCGCCGCUGCCGCCCUGAUGGAACAGGAAGUGACCUCAGAGGAGCCUGAUGAUGCGUUCCGAUCAGCUGAGCAGCUGGGGGCGGAGCUUGUGACGCUGUCGCUGAUGCCUGAGUCUCGGUGGAAAAGUCUGCUGCACUUGGACGCCAUCAAGAGGAGGAACAGACCGCUGGCGCCCCCUGCUGCUCCGCCCACCGUCCCCUUCUUUCUGCCUACACUUCCCGGUCUGACACCUCAGUUCACGUUGCCCUCGACAACCAAGGAGGACUCACAGUCCAAGCUGCUGCCAUGGGGUUCGCUGGCUCAGAGGUCAGAGUUCGCAGCGGCUCUGGAGUCGGCUCUGGAGUCCGGGUCAUUCGAUGGGCCUCUGAGGCUCCUGAAGGAUUGUGGGCCGGCAGGCGUUUCCGUGGAGCUCACCUGUCUGACGUCAGAAGGGGGCGGAGCCAACGACCUCCUGCUUGCCUUCAUCCAGAUGAUUGACAGCAUGCUGGCCAGUGGGCGGGACUUCGACCUGGCUCACGCUUACCUGGCUCUCUUCCUGAAGCUCCAUCUGCGCACGUUGUCUCAGGAUGCUGUUGCUAUGGAGACGUUGCUCCGCCUCUCCUCCAGACUGGAGUCUGGGUGGGCGGAGCUUCAAGCAUCGUUCAACCAAUCACUGUGUUUGCUGUCGUACACAAAGAGCGCACUGCUGUAACACACACACAGACACACACAGUUUGUACCUGAAUAAAGUGUUUCCUGGUUCUGUUGCUCUGUGAUCGAUUGAUCUGGGCUGAUGAAAGUCAUGUGCAGAGGUCAGAGCGCCGCGCUGAUAUAAACGAUAUUGUGAAACGAAGACAGGAGAUCCAGACCAUCAUCAUCAUCGGUUCCAUCUGUUGACCUUCUGUAAUCAGCAGCUUCCUGCCUGGCAGGAAGUGAAACAGAAACUGAUUCCAUUCUUGUCUGGUUUAUGGUUUAGGGAUCAAUUUUAUGAUCAAUUUAUUGUUUAUUUAUUUCUUCUGGGUCAAUGCACAUCACCUCCUAGUGAUUAAAGCUGGUUUUUAUCUGUAUAACAGGAUUCCUCCAUGAAAAGAGAAUUAAUGUCUAGAAAAACAUCUGGUUGCAAUUUUAAAAUAAUAAAAAUCGCUUCAGCACAAAACGUUCAGCUCCCAUGAACAGCAGGAGUUUAUUGGCUCCUGGUAUUUAGUUUAUCACUGGAGUUUUACCAGAUGAGAUAGAAAUAAUAACUUCAUCUGAGCCGUAAAUAUCUGAAAAUAUGUAAAUGUUUCUAGAGAUGUUGAGGCUCUGAUUGGUUCAUUUACAAUAAAUUGGCUGAAGAUC